UUCUUGACUGCCUUAACAUCAAAGCAAACUCUGACCGCCUGAAGGCAGCCAGUUCCUGAGAGAGCCCCGAUGAGCUCUGGCUCUCCAGCUCACCGUCAAAGCAGCCAUUCACAUGUAGGGUGGCAGCUCAGAUCCCCAGUCCCAUCUAACGGCAAGGGCUUCCAUUGGAUUCCCUAGAUUGAGCACCACCCACGUGUUGCACCCAGACAUUUAGCUUCCGAUCUGAGUUCGGACCACCGUCGCCUCCUCCGAGCCCGGCGGGUUCGGGAGGUUUCAACCUUUUUGCUGACCGAGAAGGCGAGGAGGGACGGAGGCGUCUCCCUUUCAACAAAGUUCCUGCAACUCCUCUACAAAAGGACGAAGAAGUCAGAAGACAGCCACAUAUAAAAAGGGCAGCCGAAGAAAGGAACGUUGGCAGCAGACAGACCCCGGCGGAGGCGGAAGAAAGUAAGUUUUUGCAUCCCUCUCUUGAAUUGUUGAUGAAUUGAGUCUGCAAAAAGAGGAGAUGGUGGGCAUGGCGAUUCAGAGAUUGCAAUAUUACUUGGCGGAGCACCCAGCGAUUGUAAACUUCAGGUGGAGUCAUAUCCAUUCAUGGGGAUCGACGUGGUUGUUUCUGUUCUCAUCCAUAGGCAUCUACCUCGCUUCUGCCCUGCUCCUGAGCCUCGUCCUGAUCAAGCGCAGGCGCCCCGUCCCUCUUGGCCUCCUCCCUGCGCUGCACAGCCUCGCCAUCGCCGUUGUCUCCGCUGCCAUCUUCAUCGGGAUCAGCCUUUCGACGGUAGCGGAGAUUCGCGAUACCCGGUGGUUAUGGCGACGGAGCAAGACCCCGAUUCAAUGGCUCCUUUGCUUUCCUCUUGGUACGCGACCGUCGGGCCGCGUCUUCUUCUGGUCUUACAUGUUCUACAUUUCCCGGUUCCUCCUCCCGCUGCGCACCUUCUUCUCCAUCCUCCGGCGGCGGCCGCUCACCUUCUUCCGCCUCUUUCACUGUUCCAUCCUCAUCUUUAUGUCCUUCCUGUGGCUUGAGUUCUCCCAAUCGUUUCAGGUGGUCGCCAUACUCUCCACCACGUUGAUCUAUUCCAUUAUGUAUGGGUACCGCUUUUGGACCAGCGUCGGGUGGCCGGUGUCCUGCUUUCCGGUGGUCGUGAAUUGCCAGAUUCUUCUAUUGGGAUGCUACCUCGCUGCCCAUAUCGGCGUUCUGCUCCUGCAUUUCAGGAAGGAAGGGUGCAAUGGGAUCGGGGCGUGGGUGUUCAAUUCCUUCCUCAACGGUACUCUCCUGCUUCUCUUUCUCAAUUUCUACAUCCGGAAACAUCUGAAAGGGAGCAGAAUGGUUGAGGACGAUGACCACCCUUCUCCGUCGAGCAACAACGGGGAGUCCUGUGAGUUGGAAGGGAAGAAAGAAAGCUAGCAGAGGAGACUGUUGCCUGCCUCUGAUAUGCGAACAGUUGUGGGUUAGCAAAUGAUCUGUCCUUGCAGAGGCUGUUGAGAGUUUACUUUUUGUGUAGUUUUACUUUUCAUUUUUCUUAUUUUCACUUUCUUUGUGAGCAAUACAGAACCAGAUUAUGUCAGAAUUUUGGGGAGAAAAAAUAAUCCCUAAUUUGUAUAAAAUAGAAUUUACUUUCUUGCUU